AUGGAAGAACUUGUAUAAUAAAUUAUAGCAAUAUCUGGAGGAUAGUUGAAUGAAGAGAAGGCAAAAUAAUAUUUAAGAUAUGGAAAAAACGAUAUAGAAUUAGCAUUAAAUUACUAUUACUAAGCUGAAGAGAGAAAGAAGAGAUAGUAGCCGACUGCAGCUACUGUUAAAUUAAUGGAGGGAGCUAAGAAGCAAUAAUAGUUAGAGAAGAUUUUAAAAGACUUGAAUUAAGAAUAUUAAAAACCUAUAGAAUAAUGUUUAGAUCAAUAGAUAGUAUUUAGUAAACCUUCUGGAAAUUUAGAUUUUUAAUAAACAAAUGAUAUUGAAGAGAUUGCAAUUUAAUAUGCUUAAGAAAAAAGACAAGUUAAAUUCAGAUAAAGUUCAGAACUGUUGAAAUAAUAAUAAUAAGAGGAUGAAUAAUAAAACACAUAAUUUUAGAAUUAACAAUAAAAAUAAAAAAAAAAAUAGAAAAAGGCUAAAGAAUAGAAUGAGAAAAUAUAAGAAGAAGGGGAAUGUAAAGGAAUUGAUUCAGAUAAUAAAAGAUAGAAAAAUUUAAAUUCUGAGUAAAAACUGAAUUCACUAGAAACAACAAUAAGUCGUGGCAUUUCUUUUCCUCUUUUUAUAGGAAGUGCUAAAGUGAAGGCUUAUGCUUUAGGAAAUUAAAAUUUGAAAGAUGUUUAAUAAUAACCUAUUUAAAUAAUGUUGGAUGGAACUUGUAAAGUAAUUGAUAAAGGAAAGAAAUCAAAUAAAAUAAAAGGCUAAAAUAUAAUAAGAAUAUUACAUAAUGAUAGAGAAGUAAGUUAACAUAAUCAUAUUAGAUAGGUAGAUUGAAUUCAGAAUAUGAAGAUUUAUUUACUCCUUUGUUAUAAGAGAAUUAUAUAAAAUUAAUAGCAUGCCAUGUUCAAUCUUAAAUUUUAUGUAAGACUCAUGAUUUAAUAUUACUAUAAAUUGAUGUAUUUUUAAAUGAAAAGGCAUUAUCUGAUGGAACAAGUGAUUAAUUUGAUGAUUCUGUGUAAGAGUUUGUUAAGUAUAGUGAAAACUUUUAGAAGUUAUAUGAUUUAGUAAAUUGCAAAUUGAUAACUUCAACAAAAGUUGAUGUAAUUGAUAAGAAAAAAAUAGAAAGCAAUAAUAUUGAGAUUAAAGAAAAUAGUAAUAAUAAUGCUUUAAGUAAAUCAGCUGUAACAUAUUAGGAAGAUCCUUUUAAAUAAAAACCAAAAUAAUUAUCUUUAAAUGAUUUUAAAUUAAAAAGUAAUCCAUAAGAUUAAAGUUAAAUGAUGAAAGUUGAAAUAGAGAAGGAGAGGCCAGAAGAUCAGAAUAAUGUAUAAGUAGAUUGUGAUAAAUUUUUGGGUUUUAAUAAUUGUACUCAUCAUGAAUUAGAAAUGCAUGAUGGACCAAAAUAAUUAGGUUCUAAACUUUUUGAUUAUUAAAAAUAAGCAUUAACAUGGUUACUAUAAAGAGAAGGAGUCAUAAAAGUAGAGGAUGAAAGCUCUUAAAAUGCUUUACAUCCUUUAUGGAAAGAAUAUUAAACUACUUAAGGUUUAAAAUUAUAUUUUAAUCCAUUUUCUGGUUAAUCAUCUUUGGAUUUUCCAUCCUCAUCUAAAAGAUGUAAUGGAGGAAUUUUAGCAGAUGAAAUGGGUUUGGGUAAAACAGUGAUGUUAAUAUCAUUAAUUUUAGCAAAUCCAUUUAAAAUUCCUACAGAUUAUUAUAAUAAAAUAAGUAAAAAGAAUUAGAGUUAAAGUGGUAAGAAAUUAAUAGGGGAUUACGUAGGAUAUAAAAAAAAGAAAUGGGCUAAGACUUUAAUAAUAGUUCCAGUUAGUUUAUUAUAAUAAUGGCAAGAUGAAUUGAAUUAUCACUGUAGUUAAAUUUUAAAAAUAUUUUAAUAUACAGGUGCUGAUAGAAAUUAAACAGAUUUAUGUUAAUUUGAUAUCGUUGUUAGUUCAUAUCAUACAGUAAGUGUUGAAUUUAAGAAACCUUCUAAAGAUCCAUAUUCAAUUUAUAAUUAUAAUUGGUAUAGAGUAAUUUUAGAUGAAGCACAUUAUAUAAAAGGUAGAACAACAUUACUUGCAUAAGGAGCAUAUGAAUUAGAUUGUUAUUAUAAAUGGUGUUCAACUGGAACACCUAUUUAAAAUAAUCUAAAUGAUAUGUUUAGUUUAAUUCAUUUUAUUAAAUUAGAACCAUGGUCAGAUUAUCUUUGGUGGAAUGCAUAUAUAAAUAAACCACAUGAGGAAGGUAAGGAAAAUAUAUUCCCACUUCUUAAUUCUAUACUCAGACCAAUUCUUUUAAGAAGAACAAAGAAAAGUAAAGAUUAAAAUGGAAAACCAAUUAUUAGUUUACCAAAUAAAGAAAUACAUUUCGAAUAUAUAGAAUUAAAAAAGGAUGAGAGAAUGGUUUAUGAUAGGAUGGAAAAGAAAUCUUAAGAAGAAGUUGUAGGUUAUUUAGAAAAAGGGAUUUUAAUGUCAUAAUAUAUGAAAGUUUUUGAAAUACUAAUUAGAUUAAGAUAAAUUUGUGAUCAUCCUUUAUUAAUUACAUCUAGAAGUGAUGUAAAAAAUAUUGAUUAACUUGAAGAACAAAUAGAUAAAUUUCUUAGUAAUCAAGCAUUAGAUAGAGAAGAUUAAGAAGAACUAUUAAUGAAUAAUUAAUAAGUUCAGAUAUGUUAAGAUUAAUAAUAAUAUAAAUAAGAGAUUAUUAGAAGAGUUAAAGAUAAUGAUAUUCCACCAUGUCCUGUAUGUUUGGAAUAAGUUGAAGAUGCUAUUGUAACUAUUUGUUUACAUUUCCUAUGCAGAUUGUGUUUACAUGGUAUUUUAGCCAAUUCUAGUGAAUGUCCUUAUUGUAGAAAAUAUAUUACCAAGUAAGACACGAUGACUUUACCAAGAGAAAGUUCAUUUAGUUUAAAUUGGAAAGAAAAAUAUAAAAGAUCUAGUAAAAUUGAUAAAGUUAUGGAAAUUUUAAACGCAAUUCCAAAAAAUGAGAAAUGUGUUAUUUUUACACAAUUUAUUGGUAUGAUAUAAAUGAUUGAAUUUGAUCUUGAUAAUUAAGAAAUUAAACAUUUAGUAAAAUAUUAAUUUAUUUUUAGAGAUUAGAUGGAAGCAUGACUUAGUAAGAUAGAGCUAAAGUUUUAAGAAUGUUUAAAGAAUAAGACGAGUAUAGAAUAUUUAUUAUUUCUCUAAAAGCUGGUGGGGUAGGAUUAAAUUUAACUGCAGCUAAUCAUGUUAUUAUGAUUGAUCCUUGGUGGUAUAUUUGUUAAUUAAUUAUUAAGGAAUCCUGCUGUUGAAGAAUAAGCUAUAGAGAGAGUUUAUAGAAUUGGUUAAAAUAAAGAAACACAUGUUUAUAGAUUAAUUUGUAAAUAAACUGUUGAAGAAAGAAUGAUUAGGUUACAUGAUGUUAAAAAAUAACUUUUUGAAUCAAGUAUUAGAACAGAAGAAAGAAGCAAUCUUAGAAUGGAAAUGUUUAAAAAUAUUAUUUUAGGAUCUUGA